AUAUUCUGUUAGUUCUUGUUUUAGUAUACCAGUUAAUCUUCUUGAUUUUGAUUUUGUUCUUAUGGACACCUCUUUAGGAGGGGAUGACUUGAUUGUAAAUCUGCUUAGCCUUCAUGGGCUACGAGGUGAAGGGGUAGUCUUUGAAGUACCUGAUGCCCUAGAGUUUUGUUCCAAGAGAAAUGGUUCUUUUAUUUGGUUGCUUUGAUUUUUGUUUGCCCUUUUAAUUAGAAGACAGUAAUCUUUUAAGUAUCUUAAUCCCCACUAUUGAUUAUUCUGUCAAUUAAUUCGUGUUACUUGGGUGCUAGAUCUUGACAUCCUGGUUAUAUCUGCUCUUGAAUUCUUGUUCUCAUUGUUAUUAUUGAAAUUUCUUUUUUGGGCCUAAUACUUGAAUUCUAUUGCUUGUUUCAUGGUUAACUCUUGUCUCUCAAUUUUGACUGCUCGGUUAAAUUUGAUCUUAAUUCUUGGUGAAUGCAAUUUUGUUAUUGAAUUUUUGAGGCAUUCUACCUUGCACUCGUGUUCCAAUAUUCUUUCAAGCAUUCAUAUUUUCCACUGAUUUCAUUCUAAUGCUAUUCUGGAAAUUUCACCUGUCAUUUGAUGGGUCUAGCUUUUAACUCUUGUUAAUUGCUAAAAUCUGUUUCUUGCUUUCAGUUGCUUUGUUAAACAUGACCUUGCUUAUUGGUUAACCUUGUUUUGUGGCAAAAUUUAUAAAGCAUCCAUGCACUUGUUCAUUCAUUCAUGAUUCAUAUAUCCAUUGGAUGCUUAUCCGUCUUUGAUAGAGUUCAAAGUUUUGUUGUACUCGUGUUUAAAUCCAUGCCAUUCUUUGCCAACUCGUCUUGUGUUGGGUUCAUAGAGUAACCCCACAAUUGUUCUUUUGUGGCUUUGGCAGGAUUUAUUUUUAUUCCUUGUGCUUCCCAUGUCACCCCAGCCUCUAGUAGCUUGUUUUCAUGGUAAACCCUGUUAAGUAAUUAAUGUUAUACUUUUUA